AUGAAGAAGGGUGUUGAAGUGGUGAUGGGCGGCAAGUGGGGUGAGCUCCAGGCCGAGAACGCAUCACUCGCCGCACAAGUAGCUGACAUGACGCGGAAAGUAGCCCAACUGGAGCAGCAACUGAUGGUCAAAUCCGACGUGCUGCAGGUGCACCCGAUUGCAUACAUGGAUGGAUGGAUGGAUCAAGCACCUCAAAGGAACGACCCCAAAUGUAUCGUGUAGAGGCUGGACGAGUCGGAGAGGAUCACAAAGGAGAGCUACGAGGCGCUUCUGAGUGACCACAGGGACCUCACUUCCAACCAUGCGCUGCUGGAGGGAGAGAUGGAGGAAAUGAAGAUGGAGAAGGGCACUCUGCAGGUCAGGCAAGGAGUGACAAUGACCCACAAUCUCAAUCUCCAUCACGCACACACUGAAUGGUCAUGCCUGUCUAUCAUUAUGCAGCGUCGCGUUUCUGAGUUGGAGGGGGAGUGCGUGGACAAACAGGGGAAGAUAGAGGUGCGCACAACUAAUCGAUGAUCGCUGGGUGUAAUUAGUAGUUGAUUGUCUACCUGACUGCAUGCAGGCGUAUGAGAGUGAGAUUGCCUCCCUGAGUGAGGCCGAAAGGCGACUGUCGAGCACACUGACGGAACAUGUACCACGUGGCAAACUUGCAGACGGGGAGAGAUGGUAUCAUGCCCCUCUCUCUCUGUGUGUGUGUGUGUGUGUGUGUGUGAGUGCAGGAAUUGGCUUACCACAAUCUCUACAACGACUACGCAAAACAGCUGGACUACACAGACGUGAGCACACGUAGAGCACACAGAAAGUGGUCGGGUCAUGUUAUGUGGUGUCUGUGUCUCCUUUUGCGCGUCAGCGUCUGAGAACCAAUAUCGAGUCUCAGAAGCGUCUGCGUGACCAGAAGGACCGACACAUUGCCACCAUACUGAAAGAGAAAGACAAACUAUACAGACAAGUGUACGCAGGGUGAAGAAAGAUGCACACGUAAUUGUUGGUGCUCUUGUGGUCCUCAUUCGUCAGCACGCAGACCCGCGUUCUCCUGUCCAACACGCGCAACUCUGCCCAGCGGGUGCAGAGGGCGGCGUACGACCAUGCCGACGAGAACCACCCCAGGUGAGAAAAGGAGACAGAUAACAGAACACCCGAGUGUGCCCCGUUUGCUGCCCUGUGCAUGUCUCAUGUCAGUGCGAUGUCUGCCCGCCGCCCCCCUUCUCGGCAGCACGUCUCAUCUGUCAGGGCGGCCUCUGACGUACCACUGGCGUGCAUGCGCCGAUCGCCCUCAUGCCCUGUGGUCAAGGAGAAGAAGAAGACGGAGGGGCCGCCUGGUGAGAAGAAGGGACAGAAGGCACGUGAGGCAGUGAAGAAGGCGGAGGCGUCCAAACAGCAGGAGGGCAAAACCAUCGAAGACGUAAGGGGCCAGAUUAUGCACGAAUCGGGGAGGGUUUGUGUAUAUGUGUGUCUGUCCAUGCGUGUGCGUGUGUGUGUGUGUGUGUUUUUUUUGGCAGGCGAUAUUGCGUCUCCAGCGUGAGUCGCAGGCGGCUGCCUUGGAGAAUCGGCGGCUCAAGAGCUGCCUCGACAAGGAGAGGACCAGACAGACUGUCAACCAACAGGUGUGUAUGCCAACAGAGGCUGCUGAUCGGCGUAGGUGUGUGUCUCCUUAUGUCACUGACGCAGACGUUUGGCGCUUUGCAAGAGGAGAAUCGCAGCCUCCGUGAGCAGCUGACCAGCAAUCAGGGCAGCAUCAAUGCAGAGAGAAAGUGAGGGCUGCAUGCUCACGUGUUGAUGGACAUCUCCAA